AUGGCUUUUCUUCAAGGAAUUAUAUUAUUUAGUUUAGAUAAUUUUCAUAUACAAGAAGUGAUUCAGUUAGCAAAAUAUCCUAUAAGAGAUUGGAACAAUUUAGAAGCAAUGAACAAAGCAU